GGUGGUUUUUUCCCACAACAACCCCAGUAACAACUACAAUCGCAGAACCGACAUAUGACCCAUGGUGGUGGUUUGGUUCAACAACAACCCCAACCACAAGCCCAACCACUGAAGCAACCACAGGACAAAUUACAACAGCAGAACCGACAUAUGACCCAUGGUGGUGGUUUGGUUCAACAACAACCCCAACCACAAGCCCAACCACUGAAGCAACCACAGGACAAAUUACAACAGCAGAACCGACAUAUGACCCAUGGUGGUGGUUUGGUUCAACAACAACCCCAACCACAAGCCCAACCACUGAAGCAACCACAGGACAAAUUACAACAGCAGAACCGACAUAUGACCCAUGGUGGUGGUUUGGUUCAACAACAACCCCAACCACAAGCCCAACCACUGAAGCAACCACAGGACAAAUUACAACAGCAGAACCGACAUAUGACCCAUGGUGGUGGUUUGGUUCAACAACAACCCCAACCACAAGCCCAACCACUGAAGCAACCACAGGACAAAUUACAACAGCAGAACCGACAUAUGACCCAUGGUGGUGGUUUGGUUCAACAACAACCCCAACCACAAGCCCAACCACUGAAGCAACCACAGGACAAAUUACAACAGCAGAACCGACAUAUGACCCAUGGUGGUGGUUUGGUUCAACAACAACCCCAACCACAAGCCCAACCACUGAAGCAACCACAGGACAAAUUACAACAGCAGAACCGACAUAUGACCCAUGGUGGUGGUUUGGUUCAACAACAACCCCAACCACAAGCCCAACCACUGAAGCAACCACAGGACAAAUUACAACAGCAGAACCGACAUAUGACCCAUGGUGGUGGUUUGGUUCAACAACAACCCCAACCACAAGCCCAACCACUGAAGCAACCACAGGACAAAUUACAACAGCAGAACCGACAUAUGACCCAUGGUGGUGGUUUGGUUCAACAACAACCCCAACCACAAGCCCAACCACUGAAGCAACCACAGGACAAAUUACAACAGCAGAACCGACAUAUGACCCAUGGGGGUGGUUUUUUUCCACAACAACCCCAACCCCAACCACUGAAGCAACUACCACUCUGCGAUACACUAGCAGCAGGACACACCUGCACUCCACCACUCCUCCUCUCAGUAAACUACCAUUGCAAUUCUCUGUACUUGUGGACCCACCUGCUCCUUCAUGUCAGGAGGGACUCUACUUGCCAAAGUUUGUGAACCCAACACCUGAAAAUGGAGCACACAUCCAACCAGAGGUCAACAAAGAGGUGGAGAUCAGAGUCAAAGCACA